AAUUUCAUUGAUAUAAAAGUCUGAAAAAGUAGAUUUAUUUCAGUUUCAAUUUUUAAAACAUUUGCAAUUUUUAUAUUCAUUAAAUUUUUUUGCGAUAAACCCUUGUUGUAAACAUUCGAUUUUUAAAUAGAUAGUAAUUUUUUUUUUACCCUCACGUUACUACCAUCAUAUUGCUUUCGUCAUUGUUGUUUUAUAGAUUGUUUUAUAAUUUAAUUAUAUAAAACCCUUUACAACAAGAAAGCGAUAUUUGUAACAACCUCAAAAAGUUUUCUUCCUUACUACUUGAUUUACAUUUAGAAGUAGUCGAGAAGAGUACAAUAUUACAACACCAUAUCCAUUUCCAAUACUGCAAAGCUUUAAAAAAUUUUAAAGUAAAGAUAAACAAAUCAAAGGUGCCAAAAAAUAAAAAAUAAAUUCGAAAACAUGUCAUCUACAUUUGAAUUCGAAAAAGAAAAAUCGCAAAAUUUAACUUUAGUUAAGAAUUUUUUCACAUUUCAAAUUUCUACAUUUGUGUCAAAAAAUGUUUCCCUCCAAAUUAUUUAGUAACGACUCAUUGCCAAGUCUGCAAGGUUCGCUCCUCUCACUAAAUUCUGUCUAUUCGAACACUUUUGGUCCAACCACACAAAUGGAACUCUAUCCACGUCGACGUCAUACCGAGUUCUACUAUGACCCCCAACCGAUGGAGGAGUAUCAGAGUCGCGUCUGUGAGCAUCCGCAAGACAAAUUGCAAUACAAAGCACGUGGUUCGAAAUUUGAGUUGGAACCCAUUAAUGAGGAGUCGCCGAAGUUACGCAUCAAUCCACCGAAGAACUCUGAUAUGCGCAUGUUUCGUAACAGUUACUUCUCGUAAGUGCUGUAUGAAUGACGAGUGGAGUGGAGUGCUGUUGGUGUGUGGAGUUGAGUGCGUGAUAAGCGUAUAGCGAGUAAGAGCGCGUAGUUUGUGUGAAACUGUAAACGCUUUGAAUUUCAUUGAAAAAUAAAACACAAACAUUUUUUAAACUAACAA